AUGGAAGGCUCCACCGGGUUUGGAAUCGACUCCAUCCUCUCCCACCGAGCCAGCAGCCCGGCCGUACCCAAGGGGGACCCUCUGGGGGGCUCGCCGGGCCGGGAGUGCCUGGAGGCGGCCGUGCCGAGGCCGGGCCUGGAUGCCCAUCUCCAACCGGGCCAGGUCUCUGCUCCUUCCCAGUCCCGGACCGUCACCUCCUCCUUCCUCAUCAGAGACAUCCUGGCUGACUGCAAACCCCUGGCUGCCUGCGCUCCUUACUCCAGCACCAAUGGACCUCACGGAGGGCAAGAGCCGGCGGGCAGGAUCCCCUCCAAACCCGGCGAGGACUUCAGGGACAAAAUGGAAAAAAACACCAGCGGUUCCUCCUCGGAUUCGGAGUAUAAAGCCUCCAAGUGUAAACUCAAGAUGUCCCAGCUGCAGAGGAGAGGAGGAUGUGGGCUCCCAUCACUGGCGAAGGACACGGAGACAGAAGAGAGCUGA